UUUAAAUUUAUUUAUUCAUUUAUUUUUUUUUUCUGGUACCCAGGGGUUGCUCCUACUUUCGCUCGGAUUUGAACGUAAUAGUUUGUUCUGCGCUAAAAAACGUACUUCUUAGUGUCUCAUCGGUACAAUGACAAGUCGAGUAAUUAUGAACCGCCUUACUUGGGUCGAGCUAACAGAUGUGCAUUAUGCGUACCGCGCCAAUGAUUCGAAUUCACUCGCUGCGCAAUGCUGGUAUCGUGAACGGUUCCCAAACCGACCUUUUCCCCACAGGCAAGUUUUCUCUGCAGUUAAUCGUCACGCGAGGGAAACUGGGUACCAUAAAGAAAAAAUUAAAAACAAAAAAAAAUUUUUUUUUAAAUUUAAAAAACAAAACUCCAAAGCCCUCCACAGCCGUUAGGAGGAGUUUCCGACCAUAAGUGUGUUACCUCAAAAUGCUUGUCUGAGCAGCCCCAACAUACCCCUGACGGGUUGACAGAGUUGAAGGAUUCACCCUGUAUAAGGCUUUGUGUUUGGGAUUUGAUGGGUUGUUUGGGAGUCAGAUUCGCCUGAAUCCAAAUAUUGCGCGGCAUCGGGAUAAUACUCGGACGGACUCGCUUCGGCCUCCGCCUGCGCGUACUGUUGUCUUCCAGAAGUCGUUUCUGGUCUGCGGGAUAAAUUUCUGGAAUGCUUUGCCCCCGGAUGUCACUACGGCUGCGACCUUCGCUGACUUCCGAAGGCAGAGUUAUUCCUUUCUUCUGGGGCUAGAGGCGUCUGGGGUUUAGCUUUUCUUUUCAACUUUCACCCGCGUUGGCCUGGUUAUUUCUCUUUUUAUUUCUGUUUGUAUGUGGCCAGCUCAUAAUUUAAUUUAAUUUGAUUUAAUUUGAUUUGAUUUGAUUUAAUUUAAUUUAAUUUAAUUUAAUUUGGUUUAAUUUAGUUUGCAUUCAUUUACUUGGAGUUCGAUCCUGCUCUUUUCUUGAUUUACGUUAAUUUACUCUUAGUUAGCCUGGGAUUAAUCCUUUAUUUCUCUUUCUGUGAUUCUCCAUUUAUUUAUUUCUUCAUUUCUUUAUUUUGAUUUUAUUUCUGUUUUUUUUAUCUUUAUCUUUCUAUGUAUGCAUGUAUCAUAAUAGUGAUUUCUUUGUAAUUCACUUGCCUGUGGUCAUUAAGGAGCUUGCUGCAUGAUCAAAUAAAUUAUCUUCUCUCUCUCUCUCUGAUGUUGCGGAUUUUGUGCGUUAUCUUAAUGCUGACAUAGAGCGGAUUCGGCUUUGGUGUGUUUUUGAGGGUUUACAACUUAAUGUUUCGAAGACUAAAGCAAUGAUUUUUGGUAGCUCAAGGUUCGUUAACCCUUCGUUGGUCGCGCUAUGAGCGAUUCCCCGGGUUUUUUUUUUAUUUUGUAAUUUACAAAAAAAAAUAAUUUUUUUUUUAACCUACAAUAAUCCAGCUAUUCCUUCUUUCAUCUUUUUAGUGUCAAUUAAAAACGUUUUUAGUGUUGUAACUAUUUUUAUUAAUUAAAUAUUGAAUAAUUAAUAUGAAAAGAACGAAGAAUUGCGGCGAUUCCCCGUGUGCGCGACCAACGAAGGCAGUGAAAUUUUCCUCGCAGCGUUGCCAAAUACGCAAUUAAGAUAAAUAUGGCGGCUCCCAGCUGAUUCAAAACCUGUAGUGCGCAUGACCCACAAUAAUAUCAAGUAUAAUCAGUGCAAUGUUAUUAUAAGAUAUUAUUAAGUAAAGUUAAUUUAUUUAUAAUUAAAAAUAUUAGGUCAGUGAAGUUUAAUGAUUAAUGAUUAGAAUGAAGAAUUAAAACUGUGAUCGUCUAAAUUAUAACUGAAAAUUAUUUUAAAAAAUAAACCAAUGACAUAUCGGCAAGUGGACAAGUUUUGGACUGAGGCAGACAGCGAUGAAGAUUUCGAGCAACUUGAUGACAGUAAUGAUAGUGAUUACUCAAAAGGUGAUCCUGUGGGAACCAUUCAGCAACCCAGAAAGCGAAGAUGAACACGAAACUGUCGAAGAAACGUCAAGUGAUGAAGAUGAAAAUUUUUAUUUUAAUAAAAAAAAAAAAUGUGAAGUGGCUUAAAAAUCCUCCCCCUGCUUCAAAAACUAAAAAGAAAAAUAUCGUUUUACACCUUCCAGAUGUAAAACCGAUAGCAAGGGACUUGAAAUCUCCAAUAGAUUGCUGGAGUUUGUUUUUUUUCUGACAAUAUUAUUGAAGAUAUAGUUGCUCACACUAACAUAAAACUAAAAACUCUCGCUUCUAAUUACUCGAGAGACAGAGACUGCCAGUUGACAAAUGUUGAGGAGAUAAAAGCGUUAUUUGGACUAUUGUAUCUGGCAGGAACUUUAAAAGUGUCCCAUGUUAAUGUAAGUAGUCUCUGGUCAACUGAUGGAACUACACCAAUUUAUUUUCGAGCAACCAUGUCGUACAAAAGAUUUUAUUUGUUACUCAGAGCUUUACGUUUCGAUAAUAUCGAUACACGAGCUGACAGAUCGAAAACCAACAAAUUUGCUCCUAUUCAAGAUUUGUGGGAUCAUUUUAAUGAUCAAUGCGAAAAAGCAUAUACGCCUAGUGAGUAUCUGACCAUCGAUGAGAUGAUGUCACCAUUUAAAGGUCGAUGUAGCUUUAAACAGUAUUUACCUGCGAAGCCAGAUAAAUACGGUCUCAAAUUUUUUGCUCUUACUGAUGCUAGGACCUUUUAUACGGUAAAAAUGGAGAUGUAUAUCGGUAAGCAGCCGGAUGGUCCUUAUAAAGUUGAUAAUAAGGCUGCUAGUGUUGUAAAGCGAGUCGCGAAUCCUAUUUUAAAUACUGGGCGCAAUUUAACCGUGGAUAAUUGGUUCAAUUCUGUACCUUUGAUGAAGGAGUUGGUUAACACUUAUAAUACUACCCUUGUUGGGACUUUGCGGAAAAACAAGCCUGAACUUCCACUAGACUUCACAAAAAUCAAGAAUCGACGUGUCUAUGUAUAGUACUUUAUAUGGUUAUAAUGAUGGAGUUUCUUUGGUUUCAUAUGUUCCCAAAAAAAAUAAAUGUGUGCUCGUUGCUUCAACUAUGCACGAUACUUAUGACAUUGAUACUUCAAGUGGUGAGAAACAGAAACCCGAAAUCAUAACAUUUUAUAAUGUUACUAAAGGUGGAGUGGACGUCGCAGAUAAAUUAAAAGCAGCAUACAGUGUUGCUCGAUGUAGUUGCCGUUGGCCUCUGGCCGUUUUUUCAGCAAAAAUGUUGAUGAAGAAAGUUUUCGUGUAAACGCGAAACCAGGUUUAUGUUAUAUUUGCCCCAGAAGUAAAAAUCGCAAGUCUAAAACUACGUGCUCUAAAUGCUCUUAUUAUAUUUGUAAAGAGCACACAACCACUACAUGCGUUAAAUGUAAUAUUGAUUCCACGUCUGAUGUUGAGGAGUAAGGGUAUUCGAUUCAAAACUAUUUUUGAAAGUCAUUUAAUAACAAGAGAAAAUAAUUAAGAUAAGAAGAUUUGUGAUAUAAAGUUAAAUAUGCUCAAUCAAUAAUUAUAAGUUUAACGAUAACAUCUAGCAUUCAAUAGGGUUGAUCUCAAGUCAUUAGUUUUAUUAACAGAUCUCAUGAUCCACAUGGUAAUUUGACUGCAAGUUAUAAUUCUUAGUCAUUAGAUAAGAAGAAAAGUGAUACUAAGAUUAAUAAUUAUUAAUAUUAUUAUUAUUAUUAUUAUAAAAAUAAAAAUAUCU